GGUAAUACUCGGGUCGUCGCUGAUUCUAACUCUAUCUCAAGAUGGCACGGGUGUAGGAGGAUCGCGGUGAAAGAAGGAGAAAAUAGGAGAAACGAGGGGGGCUGAACGUUUCGCAGCAACAGCUUCAGCCUUCAGGGAGAUGAAGCUGCAAGCCUGCACGAGCGCAGUAGGUGUUGAACCAAGGCUGCAAGAAGCCUGUGCGACAAGUCGGACCGUCGCUGGGGAUUCUUGCCGUCGUCGGAGCCGCAAGGAACGCGACCAGUCCCUGAAGAUUGUUGUGUGGCGGGAUAAGGAUACGGGCAGAGGACACGUUGGUAGGAGUAGUGAGCGUGAAAGUCGAGAAUCGGGGGGGUCAAGAGUCGACACUGGAGGAUCGAGAGUUGAGGAUCGAGAGAGGCGCUUCAUUGGCCAGCGCGGAUCAAGCCGUCGCCCUUGGGGUGCUGGCGGCACUGGACCAGUGGCACUCGCUCCAGCCAGCCAGCCACCAAGAGCGCGAGUUGCGCGCAAGAGACCCUUUGGUCUGCGUGCCGGACCUCCUCAAGUAGCAGCGGCGGCAUGAAACGUAUACGGACGGUGGUUGAUGGUUGAUGGGGCGCAUCAACGAAUCACACGUUGCAGU